ACAGUCUACAACUGUAAUCUAUGGUCAGAGAAAAGCUUUAGAGGUAAUUAACCAGAACCCUGAUCCGCCUGACGUUCGCUGUCAAGGAAGCUAGGCAUAUGGGCAGGUAGAAAACAAAAACUCGAACAAACUCAGUCAUCUCCACAUUCGUGUCGCUUUCGCUAAAACGAACUGCACUGGACCGAAUUUUAAGAGGUGAGGCAUUUUGGGAGAGAGGAGUGAAACUUAAGAGGCUUCUCUGUCUUGUUAACUAAUCGAACAUUUAUUCGCUGUUAACUUAUUAUAGUUUUUUAUCACAUUUUGGAGAAUACGAGCGUUGGCGAGUACAGCCAUGACAGAUCGUUCAAUGUUGUUAGUUUGCGUGGAAUCGUUCAUGUUUCUUAUCAUCAACAUCGCAGCAAUUAUUGGAAAUGCGUUUGUCAUUGCUGCCAUUUUAAGAAACAGGGGUCUUCGGAAAAUUACUCACUGCUACAUUUUGAGCUUGGCAAUUUCUGAUUUGUUCGUUACGAUCACGUGCAUACCUUUAACUUUGGGCGCUUCCAUGAAAGGUCUCUGGCUUUACGGUGACGUCACAUGCCAGCUUCAAGGCCACGUGAUACAAGUGUGGGCGAGUUUUUCUUUGACAAUCGUGUCAGUGACUGCCAUCAAUCGAUAUUUUCGCGUUGUGAGACCCAUCCGCUACAGAAAGAUCUUCACCAAGCGAUUUACACUCGUAACCACGAUCUCCUCUCUCGUUAUUUGUGCUUGUUUAGAAAUCGGAAUGAUGUAUGUAAUGGACGCCCGUUUUAAAUUUGGUCCACAUCUUUUCUGCACGCCUAAUUUCACAAACAAGCUCAUGAAAAGAGCUGUUGCUUUGCCAAUCUUUAUUUCGUUCAUCGCAGUCGCCCUGUUCGUUGUUCUGCUUUGUUACUUCAAGGUUUACCGCGUCGUUCGUAGACAUGUGAUCCUGGUUCGUCCAAAUCUUGUAGAUGCGUCGUUUCAACCUGGAAAUGAAAAUAAACUUUCGUGUCGCGUUGAUGAGAUCAAUGCUACAAAAAUGGUGUUCGUUAUCAUCAUGGUCAACUUCCUUCUCUGGAUUCCAGUUUGUAUAAUCGGUGCGCUACAUGUCUGCGACAUUGUUAUGCCAAAAUGGACACAUUUGAUGUACGAUUUCUUGAUUUUUAUAACAACUGCGACAAAUCCACUGAUCUAUGGAAUGAUGAACAAGGCUUUUAGGGACGAGUACCUUCGAAUUUUGAACUGCAAGAAGAGCGCGAACAACAUCAGCUAGCUUGGAAAUUUUGGAGCUAUGAAACACAUUUUGAGUUAUACAGUAAGUAAUAAAUAGGUUACUCAACCUAAAAAUGAAGUGAGCGGGUAAUAAAACCUAAUGUCUGAAUAAACAGAAACUUGUGCCGUGGUGUUUGGCCACAUUUCCUUUUUACCUACGUCCUUGCAGGAAAAAAGGACAAAUUAAAGAAACUCAAUGGGCGCCUAAAAUAGGGCACGUACAAUCAAUAAACUUCGUCUCAGUUGCUUUUAUUAUGUUUGGUCAGAUUUUGUCUCUGCCGUUGUUUAUUUCCUUUCAAAUGCAUCCAAAAAAAAUUCGCGGCCACUCGAUCUUUUUGGUGGUUAGGUGAAGUAGGGGAGCCAAACCGCGUUAAGUCUACACAUUCCCCAUAUGAUUCCUUUUCGUCAUCAGCGCUCAGAAUAUUUUUAACACUGUAACUUUGAUUCGAUCAAAUCUAAAAAAAAGUGCUAUCGACUGUGUGCUGUUUUAGUGUACUUGAUUAACCAUGCAUGUAUAAAAUCUUUACUAGAUCAAGUUUGAUUCGGGUAAAGCCACAGGAACCCAUGAGUUCAUGUAGGAAGGCGGGUGGGCUGGUUUAACAAAACAACUCAUCAAUUAAAAAACCCUCUGAAAUUUCAUUAGAAAUCGAGUUCAAUUUAAUUCGGGAGAAGCAACAGAACCCAUGAAUUCAUGUAGGAAGGAUGGCCGGUUUGACAAAACAAUUAAUAGAGGGCGGCCACUAGUUUCUCAGUUGAAGCACUGUCCCGUGUUACCCUCGUUAA